GGGUUUGAUCGCUAAUCCAGGAUGUGUAUGUUUCGCUUAGUACGUACAACUGGCAAAGAUGUUUACAAUAAAUAUAUUCUGUAUUUUUAUUCUUAGUUGCAGUGACUAUGAAGAAAACAAAUAGCCGUAGACGUGUAUCUCUCGCUUUGUUUGCACUUUGCAUGAGCAGCGGGAAUUGAAUGGUCACUGAUUGCUGUCCUCGGUUGGGAUUGCAGCUUGGCCUGUCAGUGUACUGCUGUUACUAUCAUGUUUAAUUCAUAAAGAUGGCAACGAGGGGCACCUUAUAAACUAAAUGACUGUCAGAAACAUCGCCUCCAUUUGUAAUAUGGGCACCAAUGCCUCUGCUCUGGAGAAAGACAUUGGUCCAGAGCAGUUUCCCAUUAAUGAACACUACUUUGGAUUGGUCAACUUUGGGAACACGUGUUACUGUAACUCAGUGUUGCAGGCUCUGUAUUUCUGCCGGCCGUUCAGGGAGAAUGUGUUGGCGUAUAAAGUCCAGCAGAAGAAAAAGGAGAACCUUCUCACCUGUCUGGCCGACCUCUUUCACAGCAUCGCCACGCAGAAGAAGAAAGUGGGCGUGAUCCCCCCCAAGAAGUUCAUCUCACGUCUGCGGAAGGAGAACGACCUGUUUGAUAACUACAUGCAGCAGGAUGCCCACGAGUUCCUGAACUACCUGCUAAACACUGUGGCUGACAUCUUGCAAGAGGAGAAGAAACAGGAGAAACAGAAUGGACGGCUGAAGAACAACGGCAUCGCCACGGACACCGAGCCAGAACAGAACAAGACCGAGCCCACCUGGGUUCACGAUAUCUUCCAGGGCACGCUGACCAAUGAGACGCGCUGUCUCAACUGUGAGACGGUCAGUAGCAAGGAUGAAGACUUUUUGGAUUUGUCUGUAGAUGUUGAGCAGAACACUUCAAUAACACACUGUCUCAGGGACUUCAGUAAUACAGAGACCCUGUGCAGUGAGUAUAAAUACUACUGUGAGAUGUGCUGUAGCAAACAAGAGGCACAGAAACGUAUGCGUGUGAAGAAGCUGCCCAUGAUCUUGGCUCUUCAUCUGAAGCGCUUUAAGUACAUGGAGCAGCUGCAUCGGUACACUAAACUGAGCUAUCGUGUGGUCUUUCCACUGGAGCUCCGCCUCUUCAACACCUCUGUAGACGCUGUCAACCUCGACCGCAUGUAUGACCUUGUCGCUGUGGUGGUCCACUGUGGCAGUGGCCCAAACAGAGGGCAUUACAUCAGCAUCGUGAAGAGCCACGGCUUCUGGCUGCUAUUUGAUGAUGACAUUGUGGAGAAAAUUGAUGCACAGGCGAUAGAGGAGUUUUACGGUUUGACCUCUGACAUUUCCAAGAACUCUGAGUCGGGAUACAUCCUGUUCUAUCAGUCCAGAGAAUGAAAGAGCAGAGGGGGGACACGAGAAGAAAUCAAAAGGAAGGGUAUACAUGAAGAUGACGUCCACUACCGGUACUUUUCCACAUCCUUCUCCUUUUCCUCAUCUCAUACUCAGGGUCUCCAGCUGAGACUGAGUGCCAAAAGCCCUCUGUAGUCCCAUUUGCCAAUAUGACAUUUCCCAGAAGUCCCUUUCUCCCAAACUCGCUGCACACUGGGGGAAUAAAACACAUCUUCAAAUCUGACCCUGCAAGUCAGUCACCUGCAUCUGGAAGGCACUUUAUUAACAAAAACAACAAUAAGUAACACAAAAGCAACACAAUGAAAAAAUCACAACAUAUACUACAAUACUUGUAAAAACUUGAAGGAAUCAAAAAGCUACAAACUGAGCAAUGAGUCCUGGUACUCUGUGGAUUUCACCAUAUUGUGGGAUUAUGAUUCUGAGCAGUCUGUUACAUGAGUGCGUGUGUGUGUGCGUGUGCGUGUGUACAUUUAGACGGUAAAUACAGAAAGGCUGCUCUGAAGUGACUUUGCUGUUCAUCCAUAAAUAGUUGCAGUCUUGUUACCAAGAGAGUUUUCAAAAGUUGUCCUGUUGACAUCUCUUCCAGUAACAAAAAAAAGGGCAGAAUUGCAAGGCUGAAAUGCUGCUUUUGUCUCCCUUGCAUUCUUAUCGAACACUGUUGUUACCUAACUUCCGUUGUAGGUAAUGGCCUUACAUAGAUUUAAUUCCUGGUUUAGAUUCUUCAGUUUGGUUGAAUCCAUGAUUUGACUCCAUCUUUUUUUCUCCUAAAUAGAUGUUGCAACUUGGUCCCUGGUCAUUUAUUAGAAGUUGGAUGACGUGGCAUUUUAUUUUAUCAUUACUUUGAGGUGAUAAUACAUGAAAGUCUGGGCUACAGAGAUGAAAUGCAACAGAAGCAGCCUUGAAAUUAUUUCAUUGCGAUCUGUUAAGUUCAGCUUUAGCUCUUAUCGAAGCAUCUGAUAUGACAUGACGUCGCUGUUACGAUAAGACAAUGCGCACAAUUAUUUCAACUUUGUGGUGAGUGGCAUUUUGUUUGAGAGGGCUUUUACUAUUUAAUAUACGUAUAAGAGCAUAUGUCUUUGAAUAAAUGGGAAACGUUAUCGAAGACAGUAGGGAAAUGUACUGAUAAUCCUUAAUUUUGUAUACAGUAUAAAUGGGAGAGAGUGACUCGGGAAAAAGUCACCAAAGGGAAACAAGGUGCAAUACAAGGACAAGGUGAACAUUCCACGCUCGUUUUACACCGACAUUUCUACUUUAAAAAACUAAGCUCACAGAAACACUAACAACAAAUCGGUACUCCCGUUUCUUCAGUGUAUAGCUUUUUAAUGUUUUUGUUUUAUUUAGAAUAAUGUUUUAUUGCCAUUUACUGUUUUAUUCUCUCAAAAAUACUACAAGAUGGUUCUCUGAGCAAAAGCAGUCCACAACUAAAAUACAAGAUUUGCCUUUUUCAGUCCGUUCAAAGUUCAUUCAGUGUAAAAGUAGAAUAAGUGAUUAGGAAAAAAAGGUUAUCUAGAUUGAUCCAUUGCUUCACGUGUUCUAGAGCCCAUUCUAAGUCUGUGGUACUUGUAUUUUCACACUCCUCAAAGAUCAUUUUUAUAUGUAAUUAUAUGUUGAUUCCACACUACAUUCAAUAUAGUUGAAUGAACACUGUAAAAACCCAAUGUGAGGUUGACUAUGCAGUGUUUGUGCUUGCCCUGUUGUUUCCCGAGGCUCGACAGAUGCUGAGUGAUCAUUUGGGCGGUUGAUUUUUCAUACGAGUUCCCCAGUGACACUAGCAGAAUGCUGUUUCUCAAAAAGAGGAGCAUAUGUGGUUGUUUGAAGAUGAUUUAGUGGUACUAAGACCAUGUUUCUUGUCCCAUUGCCUGUUCUUUUUGUUCGUUAGGGAUCAAAAUGAACAGAAAUGUGCCAAAAUUGUGGCAAGAAACUCUCACAGUCCUUCAAACUGAAAAACGAAAGAGAUAUCUCUGUGUCAUGAUACUGUACAUAACUAUUAUAUAGACAUAUUGGAUAAAAAUAAAUUAUAUUUUUAAAACACUAAAUUAUUCUAUUAAAAAUGACCUAUUAUUCGCAUGGGGGAGUCAUGGUUGCAAAUGAAGAAAUUGCGAGCUGAUUACUGUUUGUUGGAGAUUUUAUGAUUUCAGUCAGGUCCCUUAUGGAGACCUGGAUCAUUUUUAAGUUUGUUCUGUAGAGUAGACUAAACUAAGUACUGUAACUUCUUACUACUGUGGAUUGAAUCCCCACACACACAUACAUGAACAUCUGGAUACGUUGAGAACCUAUUAGACUGACACUUUUCACAGUUACACACCUUGUAUGCAAAAACAAACUUCUCUGUUUUGUCCUCUUUUAAUGUGUGUAUUUUUUAGGUCUGCAAAAGAAAUGUACAAUGUUUGUUUGUGUGUCUGAGAGAGAAAUACCAGGACUUAAACUUUAAUGGAAAGUGUGAUAACUGUAAGUGCACUUUAUCAUAGCAGAACCAAAAAGGUUUCUCAUAGGAACUGGAAUCCUGACUGAGAUUCUUUUGGUUUAUUUUCCUUUCCUCAAUAAAUGAAACACAACUUUA